AUGAGUGACGCGCCCUCGGCAUCUACGCCAGCAGCACGGCCAGAACAUAGGCCACGCGUGGUUGAUCCAGAAGAUGGGCCCAAGGAACCAUUUCCCAUAUGCAUCCAGGGCGACGUUGUUAAGGGAUUUGGUCGAGGCAGUAAAGAGCUUGGCAUUCCCACCGCCAAUCUAUCCGAGGAGGCCAUCCCACAAUUGCUUGAGCAUGCGCAGUCUGGCAUAUACUACGGCUUGGCGCGGGUGUUGCACAAUGGCGACGGGCCAGAUGGUCAGGUGCACCAAAUGGUCAUGAGUGUCGGUUGGAAUCCUUUCUACAAGAACACGGUGCGCAGUGCAGAGGUGCACAUCAUGCACAAGUUCGCCGGUGACUUUUAUGGCAAGCAGAUCAAAGUCAUUGUUAUUGGCUUCAUCCGGCCGGAGUACAACUACACAAGCAUGGAGAGUCUGGUAGAGGACAUCAACGAGGACAUGCAGGUGUGCCGACGCAGCUUGGACCGUGAUGCGUACAAGCAAUACUUCAAGGACGAGUUUUUGUUUGUUGACGUGAAGCUCUAG